AUGUUGGAUGCCCAGCUUAAUUUCAAGCAGCAAGUUGAACAUGUGAGUACUAAAGCGUCGGCAGUGAGGGCAAGCCUAUCACGACUGGUGCCAAAUGUUGGAGGCCUAAAGCAGAGCAGGAGGAAGCUAUUAUCAUUGGUAGUCACUUCGGCACUGACUUAUGGAAUUUCAAUCUGGGCUGAUGCGCUUGAAGUACAAGAGACAAGAAGUAAGGUCGCAUCAAUAUAUCGGCUAAGUGCCCUGAGAGUGACGAGUACCUUCCGCACAGUAUCUGAAGAGGCGACGUGCGUAAUUGCUGCAAUGCUGCCGGUCCAAGUGCUAGCCGAAGAAAGCACAUUCUAUCAACGACGGAAAACAUCUACGUCAAGUCCUGAGGAACUUAGGACUGAAGAAUGGCAGAACAGCGUACAAUGA